AUGGAUCAUUCUAGCAAAAGGACCGUUUCUGCCAUUCACGGUGACGAAACGAGGAGUCCUGCCACUCCCGCUUCCCUCUCACACCCUGUUAGCCCACCCUUGAAAAAGCGCCGGCUUGCUGAAGGAGAACCGGCGGUGGGAUUAGUGCCCCCAGCAUCAAAUGGGAAAUCAAUACCGCCAUCGACCGCAUCGACGCCCCCCCUUGUGUCGACGCUUAGAUCACCAUUUCAACUGACUAAAAUCCGGGACUUGCCACCAGAGAUGAAUAAGGACGCCAUCUCCCUCAAGGACAUAUUAGGCGACCCACUAAUCGCUGAAUGUUGGGAGUUCAACUACCUUCAUGAUAUCGAGUUCUUGAUGUCCGCCUUUGACGAAGACGUUCGACAUCUCGUCAAAGUCCACGUGGUUCACGGCUUCUGGAAAAAGGAAGACGCCCACAGACUAGAGUUGGAGGAGGUGGGAUCUCGUUUCCCCAACGUCAAACUUUGCAAUGCCUUCAUGCCCGAGAUGUUCGGCACACACCAUACCAAGAUGAUGGUCCUCUUCCGGCAUGAUGAGACUGCCCAAAUUAUCAUCCACACGGCUAAUAUGAUAGUUCGAGACUGGACCAACAUGACCCAAGCCGUCUGGGUGUCACCAAACUUGUCCCUCCGGGAGACGUCUAACAAAGACCCCGAGCCAGCGGAAACCACAAUUGGUAGCGGGGCGAGGUUCAAAGUCGACUUUCUCAACUACCUGCGGGCCUACGAUAAACGAAAACCCACUUGCAAGCCUCUCAUUGAGCAAUUAAUGAAAUAUGACUUCUCGUCGAUACGAGGUUCACUCAUCGGCAGUGUGCCCGGAAGGCACAAGCUCAACGACCCUUCGCCCACGAGAUGGGGCUGGGCGGCAAUGCAGCAGGCCCUGAAGGCGGUGCCCGUAUCUAAAGAAAAAUCAGACAUUGCCAUUCAAAUUUCAUCCAUUGCCACCCUUGGGCCAACCGAUACCUGGCUCAAGGACACUCUGUUUCGCGCUCUUCGUGGCGAGAGAAGCACCACUGGCAAUACCACGACCCUCCCCCAGUCACCAAACUUUAAAGUCGUCUUCCCCACACCCGAUGAGAUCCGAAAGUCUCUCGAAGGCUACGUCUCCGGCGGCUCCAUUCACACCAAGAUCCAAUCGUCUCAGCAAGUCAAGCAGCUGGCCUAUCUCAAACCCAUCUUCCACCACUGGGCCAACGACUCCACGCACGGUGUUAACAUCAACAGCAACCCAACCCAUGCUAAUAAUAGCAGUCACACCGGAAGCGACUCAACAACCAUCCAGGAAGCUGGCCGAAAGAGGGCCGCUCCCCACAUCAAGACCUACAUUCGAUUCGUCGAACCAUCAUCCGAGAGCACCGAACACCGGCCUAUCAUCGACUGGGCCCUUCUCACUUCCGCCAACCUCUCUAAACAAGCAUGGGGCGAGGCCGCCACCGCUGCCGGGGAGGUACGCAUCGCUUCUUAUGAACUUGGAGUCCUCGUCUGGCCGGAACUGUACCAGAAGGGCGCGGUCAUGCAGGGCAGCUUUUUGACGGACUGGCCGGGAGAGCGUGAGGAGAAAACAGUGGUGGCGCUGCGAAUGCCGUAUAGCCUACCGCUCCAGAAGUAUGGAGAUGGGGAGGUUCCGUGGGUAGCGACCGCGAACCAUUUGGAACCAGAUUGGAGGGGCCAGGUGUGGAGGCACGGUUAG